AUGAUUGUGAUUACAGGCGCUGACUACCACUCCCAAUUUCAAUGCCUUGCACGGCUCUGCCGGAUCGUGGACGUGAUGGUUGCCAGGUCGAAAGCGAAUUGUGCUGUUUCUUCAAAUCACAGCCCAGAUUCCCCUCAUUGUCCCGUGGACAAGAUGAACGGUGCUGCCCCGAGCUUGGUGGCUUCCAUACUUGAGACCGAGAGCUUGCCGCAAAUUCGGGCCGAUGACAUCCAGCAGCGGUAUCCUGAACGAAGAGAGAUCUGUACAUCUCCAUCGACUUUGCAUUGCGGUGAUCGGCUGAUUGUGGAAGGCAGGAGCAGAGUGCCCCUCCACUUGGGCUGGAGAGAGAGGUCGCCCGGGAUGAGGAGAACUGCCUCACGAGCUCGAAGCGCCGGCACCUAUAAGCAGCGGAGCAUGAAGCGUCUGGCGUCUUGGUGGGGCUGGGAAGCUGUUGUCAAGGGCUCAGGCUUUGUUGCCAUCACACCAUUACCUCAUUGCGCCAGGGUGGAUGACGGGGUUCUGGUCUUGGGUAGAGAAUCAGCAUUCGCUGGCGUAGCAGUACGCACAUGGAAAUUCGCGAUGCUUCGGGCGGGCGAAGGCGUGGGGAAGCGAAGUCAUGAUGCGGGCAUAACCAAAGACAUGUCCGCAAACGAUGAAGGAAACCGAGUGACGGGCAGGUUGCAAGCCAUGUGUCAUCUCAUGAGCAUCGCAUCGCACCAUAUCGCAGAAGACUCGGUGUACUUCACCGCAGCUGCAAUGGAUCAGUCUGGGUCAUUCUUGAUCAUGCACCAAUGGAUCAGAGUCACUGAGGCUUGGAUGGCGCAAUCUUGGGGCUCGGAGUUCUGCAGCGUGCAGCAGACGACUGCAUUCUACGACGAACUGGAUGCGGCGGUGUUCUUCUUUGGUGGCAUGGUUAUGAUGUUGAUGCAUUGCGCAGAGCAAGACUUCGAGGUCGGGCUUGGAUUUCCAGUGACUCGGAGUAAUGCAUUGACGCCCGCUCAACAUACACGGCGGCUGCACUCAAUGUGUUCGCUACCAAAAUGUCUCAAUGUUACGUCGCACGAAGCCAGGCAGGUCAGGAUGAUGACUGAAACCUGGACAGAGGCUGGGCGAUUUUGGUUGGGCAAGCUUGAAAAUCGCCCAACAGCCGGUCAGGUUUGCAGUCUGAACCAGGUCUUGAGUCAUGUAUGCGGGCUGCGUACCGAAGGCCUUUCGCAAAACGAAACACGGAGAAAUCCUAAGCAACGGCAUAAAAGGUUUUGCAGGACUGGACAGCCAUGGCAUUCUAUAAAGAUUCGCUCACAACCGCGUCCAUAUCAUGCUGUGCACCUUCUCCAAAUGUCCGCCAAGCUUUCCCCGCCGACUUUGGCUGGGCCGAAUCCACCGACGCGGGCACUUUCUACACUUUCUACACCUUCCACAACAACGCAACCAAGACUCGCGCCCUGCUAUAUAACCUUUACAUUCACAUCUCGCUUGGAACAUCCAAUUGCGCCAAUUCGCGAAGCUGAACCCAACACGUCCGUCCGUCACCCUCCACUCCGACCCAGCAUCGAAGCAAUGGCGAGGCGCAGACCUACCAUAAGCUCGCCGCCGAGCUGCUCUUCGAGUUCCUCCAGCGAAGACGAGCGACCGGAGAGUCCAGAACUCCCAUCCCCCCGCAAGCAGUGCCGUGGCAUCGUACGCAAGAUUGAUGCUGGCGACUCUGACUCCGGACUUGCCAAAUUCCGCAAAUGGUGGAAGUUGGUAGCGAACGGCGCGCGGAAUGCGACGAGCGAGAUGAAGGAGCUUAUGGAUGUCAAGACGUGUGACAAGGUUCAAAAGGCAAUUACAGCUGAGAUCAAGGACAAAAAGACUCUCCAAUGCGCGCGUGCGCUUGAGCGCUCCGACUUUUGGAACUUGUCCGUAUUCGACGUCUGGGGAUUGUUUGGGAGCAGCGGCGCAACAAGUCGAACAUUCUUGGACAAACUGAACGCUUUGGCAGCCGACUUCGAGAAUGCCGAGGACGCGCUCGCGCUCAUGGGAGAAGCAAGAGAGACGCGCAUGAAAGUCUCAAAAAGCAAAUAUGAGUGGAAGCCGCAAGAUUUGGACAUGGCGCUCAACAUGAAGCGGAAGCAAGAUGCGAACAAAGCCCGGAAUCUCACCUCAGGGCAAGAAGAUACUCGCGGUUCUGGGAAAUCACACGACGCGGAGCAAGCGACGUCCGCCUCCAAUUCGGAUGCAGAUACGGAUGAGGAAAGCGAUGAUCCCAACACCCAGGACGGAGCCAAGGCCAGAACCAGCAGAGACCACAGAGCACCAGGAACCAACACCGCGCCAACGACGCCGAAGCAGCUUCCUCUUCCCAACAGUAAGGCGAAGAGAAGACGAAGAUUUUCCGACAUCUCUCCAUUGUCAAGGUCCAUCGAGCGUGGACGAGGUUUGCAUCAGCAGCAUAGCUCGAGGUCGUCACUCUCGAUUGAGCGUGGCCGAAGAUUACGUCAGCCGCGUCGCUCGUCGCUUUCCCCCGCCCUCGACUUCAGCUUACCGAACUUCCUGAACCCAAAGACACGUACCACCCAUCAAGGGACUCCCAAACUUGGCGCGGGUCCCACCGACUCCGAACUUCUUUCAUCGCUCAGUCCGGCAUCCUCUGAGCCUGACGCCGCACCCUUCUUCCAGUUCGAUGGUACGCCUUGUCGCUCCUCCCGGCGGCCAUCCAGCGCCUCCACUUCGUCAGAACACGGCUCACCAGGCAUGGCAAGCGUCACACAGUCCUCAUCGCUCGGUGCUGGGCCAGCCAGCGCCUCCAAUCCGACCACGCAGGGCUCAACGAACAUGGCAAGCGCCACGCAGCCCAAAGCGUUGUCCAAACGCCCCCGUCGAGACUCCUCCGACUUCGUCCAAGACUCUAAUCGCUUGGAUCCAAGUCGUCAUCUAGCCAUCCCACACACUGAGCCGCUCACUCUAGAUCAUCUGGGCUCGUGGAUUGCUGUUCUCUCUACCAUUCUGGAGCCACACACUUCCCUGAGGCGUUGCACCGUUUCCGACAUCACCGAAUGGAUACAGAAUGCCUCCCCGGCCGCCGGCAGCCAGCACAUCAUCGUCAUCCAGGACCAAGCACUGGAGCAAAUUCCAGUUGUCUUCGUCGAUCGCUCGCCACACCACGCAAGAACCAACAUCUAUGCUGAUGACGACAGCUUUCGGAUCCUCCAGAGUGCCCUGACGGCCCAUGUGCCCAACGUAUCCCACAAGGCACCUCCGACCAUGAGAUCUGAGGAUGUCGUAACAGCACAUGGCCUUGAAGCAAGCAUCCUGUCCGCAUGCGUUAUCACAGGCGUCCUCGGCAUGCAGACGCGCAAACUCGCCACAAAGCUUGAGCGGAUGAUUCCUGCGGUAUGGGGAAGAGCCAUUCGGGUCGCGCACGAGUUCAGGGCAGGCAGUCCUACGACACAGCAAGCAGUGCUCGAUCGCUGCCGAAUUGCCGACUUGCCCAAUUCCAGCUGGACGAUCAAUCCGGCCACGCUUUCACUGCCUGGGCCUUCGACAACACAUGUCGAGUUGCUGCACCAUUUUUUCGAAAACACCACCCUGAGCGCUUUCCGAAAAAGCCAGAACCUCAGCACUGAAUGGACCCUGGUUGCCGACAACUCACGACUGGUUGUCAUCAUUGCCGCCGAGGUCCUCAAGAACCUUGCUGUCUCAGCCGCCUCGCCUGACGCCCCUGCUGAGCGUCAGAAGCUGCAGCAAGAGCUGGAAGGUCUCCAUUCCGAGUGUCGUUGA